AGCCAACUAGAAGUAAGAGGACAACACGAGUGUGGAUUAUAGCCAUCUGUUCAUUGAUUGCUGGAAUUGCCGUCCUAGGCUUUUGCCUGCUGUUUAUAAUCAGGAGGAGGAAGCUUAAGACACUAGGAAACAUGGCUUCGAUGAAAGAAAAAGACUACACAAUAGAUAGCAAAGAUAACGAUUUAGAGCUGCCAGUAUUUGACUUCGCAACCAUAGCUAUUUCCACAAGCAAUUUCUCAAGUGACAAUAAGCUUGGAGAGGGUGGAUUCGGACCUGUCUACAAG